CGGGAGCGACCGGAGAGGGACCGGAGAGGGACCGGAGAGUGUCCGCACCCCCGGCAGCGACAUGUCCACCGCCAUGAACUUUAGCAGCAAGAGCUUCACGCCGCGGCCGCCGGACAAGGGCGCGUUCCCGCUGGAUCACUUCGGGGAGUGCAGCGCCUUCAAGGAGCGCUUCAUGGAGUGUCUCCGCCGCAGCGGCUACGAGAGCGCGGCCUGCCGGCAGAGCGCCAUGGCCUACCUGGAGUGCCGCAUGGACAGGCAACUUAUGGCUAAUGAACCGCUGGAAAAAUUGGGAUUUAAAGACCUGAUAAAUGAGAAAUCAGAAGAAAAACCUGAGAAGUCGUGAUGAAGACAGACAACUUUGCUCCUCUUGCAGGGAAAGCAUAACUCUGAAUGUAGUACAUAUUGUACAUUCUGUUCAUACUGCAAUAGGAAGUGUUUCCUGAAAGAACCUUUUUUCCAAAGUUUAAUUGUCCUAAAAUAAGAUUUUUCUUUAAAUGAGCAAAAAGUACUGCCUUUGUCUGCUUUGCUCAAGCAUUUCUUAACUUCUUUCUUUUAGUUUCUCUGGAGGCAAAACAGUUACAGCCCAGAGUGUUCUCCCUGUCUCUGUAAGAACAGUGAAGUCUUAUUUUAAGGGGGCAAAAACCCAAACCAAACAAUCCUUUAUUGUGUAGGUCUUGAACUACUGAUUAAUCUUCUGUGGGCAGUACUGAUACGCUCACAGCAGUUACUUGCCAGGUGGAAAUAAAGCUGUUGUACUUUAAAAUGGAUUUUUAUUAAAUGCUGGCAUUAGUCCCCAUCCCUGGGGCGGUCUCAUCCUGCUAGGGAAGCCAUUGGGGUUCUGUUUUGAGGUGCAGUGUUUUUUCAGUCAUUUCAUCUUCCGUCAUUGUUGGGAGAGUCUUUCUAGUUCCAGACACCACUCAGGGAGUGAUUCUGCUUUUAUUUACCAUGCCACCAGUGUUCACCUAAUUUUUUCAUCAUUUCACUGGGAAUAGUGGUAUUUCUCUUGCAUGUUCUAAAGCAGUUCAAGUCUUUCUUAAUUACUGUUGAGUUCAAGCAGAAAUAAUUUGGCCUGUUAGCCCCCUAGAAAUGUGUUUCAAGCAGGCAAUAAAUUUGUAGCUCUUCUGGAUGUGUUUCCCACAGUAUGUUCUGCCCUGUUAUCCCUGCUGCUUUUGUUUUUGUUUUUAACCCAGUGAAUAAUUUCUCUGUGUAUCUGGCUCUCUCUCUGCCAAGGCAGUUCCCUAACGCUCCCCUCUUUAUCUGCUGUCCCCUCUCUGAUACAUCUCACCUCCCCUGCUGCUGCUUUUGCUUCUGCCUCUCUCCCCUGUGCACCUGCUCAUACCGAGCUCCAGGGAAGGGUGGAAGAACAUUUUCUACUCUUCAUACUGAUCACUGGGGCUGAGAUUGAAAUUGUUGCUCUGUCUAAUCUGAUGGAACAGAGUGCACACAGCUCAGAGCAGGUCCUGUUUGAAAAGGACAUUUGCUUGCUGCUGCAUAUUUUUAUUCCACUUCAUUCUACUGUUCAAAUUAUAUUCUUUGGUAAGAUUAGUACAUUUAUAGGAAAGAUAGCAGAGAUUGUAUUGCUGCAACAGAUACUAAAAGACAUUAUAUUAAACCACUGAAUAAGAGCUUUCUUUUAGUGAUACCAAGUUAGAAUUAAAAUAAUCUCCAGCAUCUUCAGAA